GACCCCUCCUUGUUCGUGGUUUAUCAGAGCUGCUGAGGGAGGCAGCAGGCGAGGUUUGCCGACUAACGCAGCUGGGAGUUGACCAUGUACGCUACCACGGCUGUCCUAAGAAAAUGCCCCGUGUUUUAAUAACUUUUUAACAAUUUCUCAGUCGUACCAGCACCAGCGCUUUUUAAGCCUGAGGAUACGGUGAUGGUAUUGGAGAAUGGAAACGGAGGACGUGUCGGUUAGAGAGCAACUUUUCCACAACCGUGUCAGGGAGACUAUAAUCUGUGUACUCCUGUUCACAUGCCUUUACAUGGUGUCCUACCUCAUACUUACCCACUUCAGGAAAGCUGCAGAGUUUGUCACAGAUGAUUCUGAAGAUGCGACUGUCAACAAAAUUGCGCUGUGGUUGUGCACGUUCACCCUGUCUGUUGCAGUGUGUGCCGUUCUCCUUCUCCCCAUCUCCAUUUUGUCCAACGAGGUUCUGCUUACCUUCCCACAGAGCUACUACAUGCAGUGGCUCAAUGGAUCUCUUAUCCAUGGAUUAUGGAACCUUGUUUUCCUUUUCUCCAAUUUGUCCUUGGUCUUCCUCAUGCCCUUUGCGUACUUCUUCACAGAGUCAGAAGGAUUUGCUGGAUCCAAAAAGGGGGUCAUGGCCCGAGUUUAUGAAGCAGUUGUGCUGCUUUUGCUUUUGGCUCUGCUUGUGCUGGGCAUUGUGUGGGUUGCAUCAGCCCUCCUCCAUGACAACGUAGCCAGGAAAAGCCUCUACGACCUGUGGGAGUAUUACCUUCCUUACCUGUACUCGGGCAUCUCUCUGUUUGGAGUGUUGAUGCUCUUGUUGUGCACUCCCUUUGGCUUGUCCCGGAUGUUCAGUGUAACAGGCAGCUUAUUGGUCAAACCCCGGCUGUUGGAAGAUGUCGAUGAAACUUUGAACUGUACUACAUUUGAGGAAGACGCCCUCUCCAGAAAACUAAACUGCAGCCGGACAUCGUGCUGGGUAAAGCUAAAUUUGGAGGCAAUGAAGAAAGAGUACCUAGCUGUACAGAGCAAGCGUAUUGCCCUCGAAACACGUAGGAAAGCAUCCGCUUGGCAGAGAAACUUGGGCUAUCCACUUGCUAUGCUGGUGCUUCUUGCACUGACGGUGAUGUGUGUGCUGAUGGUCUGCUUCAAUGUGUUGGAAUUGCUCCUGGAUGAGACAGCCAUGCCCAGAGGGAUGGAGGACCCUCACCUGGGGAUGGCCUCCUUCUCCAUGUUCGGCUCACUGGGCGCUGCAGUUCAAGUCGUCCUUAUUCUCUAUCUGAUGGUGUCCUCAGUGGUGGGCUUUUAUAGUUCUCCUCUCUUCACUGGCCUCCUGCCUCGUGCACAGGACACCAAUCUUACACAGAUGAUUGCAAACUGCGUUUCUCUGCUCAUCCUGAGCUCAGCACUGCCAGUCUUUUCACGCACACUCGGGAUCACUCGCUUCGAUCUACUGGGAGACUUUGGUCGGUAUAACUGGCUUGGGAACUUCUACAUUGUCUUCAUGUACAAUAUGCUAUUUGCUGGUCUCACCUCAGCCUCCCUGAUCAAGACAGUCACCUGGGCUGUACAGAGAGAGCUCAUCCGUGCCUUUGGUCUCCACAAACUGCCUUUAACUGUGUCACGCUCCACUGUCCCCUUCAGACUCCUCCUGGCCAGUGGACUGUCUAAAAUCCAGUGACUCCCUCUUUCACUGCCCAUCAUACAAUUAAGACACUAAGCCACUUCAAAUCUUGCACCUUUUGGAUUAAAGACAUUUGCAAUUCAGUCCCUCUGCCAGUUAAUACUUUAGACGGGUCUUGAGUGAGGAGACUGGAGAAGAUAAUAAGUGUCUGUGAUGUCCAAUGGAAGUUGCAGUUGAAGCUAUGACCAAUAUAUUGGGGUCAAACUGUGUGACUUAAUAUGGCUGUAUUGACAAGUGAUGGUACAAGCAUUUAGCUGAGUCAUGGUUUUAACUGGAUUAAGGGGAAAAGAGUAUUGAGUCACUUUGUCAGUCCUGCCAUAACAGACACUAACGAGCAAUCCACUGAUGAAAAGAGGAUCCAGUAAAGAGCCGUUGUUUUAUUGACACAUGUGGAAAGUCAGCAGAGUUAUUUUGAAAUAUGACAUUGUAACUGUGACAUAAUUUCCUCUUCCUGCUUCACAUUGGUCGAGUGCUCUCCCUCCCCCCCCCAUACUUUCCUCUCUUAGGUUGUAACACUAUUUUAGGAUUGGGAAUCUUACUUCCAUGUGGUCCGGCCUGCACCAGUGUUUUGUUAGUUGAUGAGAGGAAGCUGUAGGAGAAAAUAGGACAUGCAGAGGGCCCUGUAUAUCUAUGGCUCUAGAUUACACAGGGAAUAUGAGAGUGAGGUAAUAUUGUCAGUGUUGGAGCAUUUUUAUGACCCAAGUUUACUUGUUGAAUUAAGAGCAUUUUCUGUGGUGAUUUAUCAUUGAACAGGGUUUUUACUUUUUUAGAUGUCAGUAAGUGUAAUGAGUGAGGAUUACUCAUGAUUUACAAGAAGUCUUAAAAGAAAGCUUUACACUUUUUCUUAUGCAAGACUUUUGAAUGCCAUGUGACACUCAAAUCAGAGGAACUUCUGCCUUUGACCAAUCAAACUGUGAAUUAUUAAGAAUUUGUUUGGGAAAGUGCAAUAUUUUGUUAACAACAUUCCGCUUUUAACUACCAAAAGUAAUUUCAUUUUUUUGUAUGCUUUCUAUAACUUUUUGUGGUAAGUAUUUUUUCAUCUCUGCGUGAUGUUGACAUAAGAUGAAUGUUCAGAGUUGUUUCAGGAUAUAUUCAAUAAGCAAAUGUGACAAUCGGUCUAUGCAAUCCUUUCUGAUGUCAGUUUUUAUGCUUUGAGAACUUCAAUUCCAUGAUGUCAGCUGUAUCUCCAUUCUCUUCAAUGUGUUGGUGAUCCUGUGUCACCGUUUGCCUUUACUGCUGUAUCAGCAGGUUAUUAGCUGUAGGUUCGACCAGCAGGGUGCAGUGUCUCUUAAACCCAACAAAAUUGAGUGUGUUGUGCGAGUCCCUCUUUGAUCACUCAUUACUUUGUGUAAUGUAUACAUGGAGCACUCUGAGGUUUAUUCAUUUCACUUUUACUGGGAAGUUUCUUUCGUUUUUGGGUACACACAUUUUUAUGUACAGUUUGUAUUAUUAUUUAUAAGAUUGUUGGGAUCUGUACUUCACAUGUAAAGUCAUUACGCAUAAAAAUGUUGAACGUGAUACAGAUGAGUCAAAAAUAUCUUAAUAAUUGUUGUUUAUUGUUUACCUUUGAGAUGCUCUUAGCUGUUUUUAACCAUCAUCAUCAUCAUUAACAGAAAGCAAUAAAAACUGUCUUGUUUUUUUAA